AUGGCGGCUGUCAUGUAUCGUCUCCUGCACAUGCGCUUCGCCAGCGGCUCGGUCGACGAGGCUGUCCGGCUGGGCCUGUUGGCAUUUUGUCACCAUGUCUUUCUGCAGUGGCGAGACGUCCAAUUGCCAUAUCGGCACUUUUCUGCCGUUUAUAAAAGCUGCAUUAUGGGGUUGAAGGCUGGAGAUGGCAGCGGUAACGGUGAUGGUAACAUCAACGACAAUAACAACGGCGAUGGCAACGGCGAUGGCGAAAUCAACGGCAACAUCAACGGCAACGACAACGGCAACAUCAACGGCAAAACCAACAUCAACGGCGAUGGCAACGGCGACAGAAAAGCCAACAUCAACGGCAACAGCAACACCAACGGCAACGUCAACAUCAACGACAAUAACAACGGCGAUGGCAACGACAACGGCAACAUCAACGGCAACAUCAACGACAACAGCAAUAGCGUCGGCGAUGGCAACGACAACGGCAACAUCAACGGCAACAUCAACGACAACAGCAAUAGCGUCCCCCCUCCCCCUCCCCCCUCCUCUUCCCCUUCUUCUCAGCUCAUGCUCUGGCUAUUGAUGACUGCCGCCGUUUCCCUCUUCGACGUCUCCAACUCACACGAAGAAGACAAAGACAAAGACAAAGACGCAACGUGGCUGAGGGUGCUGUUGCGCGAAUACAUCGCCCGCUGUCAGAUCAAGACGUGGAAAGACAUGCAGGACACACUGAAGGCGUGUAUGUGGAUUGAUCUGCUGGAUCAACAGGCAGGGAGGCGGAUUUAUGAUUUCAUCCAUGACCAUGACCAACAGGACCAGGAGCAGGAUAUUUAUUACUCAAGGUAA